AGCCGCUAAUAUGGCGGGUGACAAUAAUGUAGUAUUAAUAAAAACAGCUCUGGUGGAAAUAUAAAGCCACUCGAACAAACUUGUACGUACCUUAAGUGCUAAAGGAGACUGUGAUGAACCACGAUGCCUCAGAAGAUCCUGAAAAGCGCUCAUUACAUAGAACUUGGCAGCUAUCAGUACUGGCCGGUUGUGGUGCCUCGAGGGAUCCGACUCUACACCUAUGAACAGAUCCCCGUGUUCCUGAAGGAGAACCCAUACAUUACAGAUGGCUACCGAGCCCACCUGCCUUCACGGUUAUGUCUGAAAAGCAUAUUCAUUCUGUCCAACGAGACGGUGAACAUCUGGAGCCAUCUGCUGGGCUUCGUGUUGUUCUUCGUGCUGGGGGUGAGCGACAUGUCCAUAGUUUUACCGGCUGCAGGAGCCUCCAGAGAGGAUUACGUCAUCUACUCCAUCGGGCUCUUCUGCUUUCAGGUGUGUAUGCUGUGCUCAGUGGGGUAUCACCUGUUCUGCUGCCAUCGCUCGGAGAAGACGAGCCGCCGCUGGCUGGCCCUGGACUACGCUGGGAUCUCUGUGGGAAUUCUGGGAUGCUACGUCCCGGGAGUGUUCUACGCCUUCUACUGUGACGGUUUCUGGAGGCAGGUGUACCUGAUCACGGUUCUGGCUCUGAUCCUGGCUGUAUUUUCGGCUCAGAUCCACCCGCUGUACCACACUCCGGAGUGGAAGACGCUGCGCUCGGCCAUUUUCUGCUCUGUGGCGGCGUACGGCAUCAUCCCCGCCUGCCACUGGGUGUGGCUCAACGGAGGCUUCCACGCUGAGAUCGUACAGGUGUUUUUUCCGCGAGUCAUGGUCAUGUAUCUGAUCGCUGCCUCAGCCUUUCUGUUCUACAUCAGUAAAGUCCCCGAGCGCUACUUCCCAGGACAGCUGAACUACCUUGGUGCCAGUCACCAGCUGUGGCACGUUCUGGUGGUGUUGAUGUUCUACUGGUGGCACCAGACUGCCGUCUACAUCACGCGCUACAGACACAGCGAGCCGUGUCAGAGGUACAGCUAAUUCCGGGGACUCUGUACGCUUCCCACCUGAGGUACUCCACGCUUUAGCACCUCUCCUGCUGGUUAUUUGAGCACGAGAAGGAUCCAGAAAAGCAGAACUGGAUUUUAGAUCAUGCACUUCAUUCAGGACGUGUUUCCUGUUUGAUUUUUGCACUGAAGCUACAAGAAUAAUGUUGCUAGCAAUAAGAAAGUCCUCCAGUUUAGCAUGUGACACUCAAACAUCCUAAUGUCAGGGGUGUGGCUUAAAGAUUGACUGUGUUUUUUUUUUUUUUUUUAAAUUCUAAAUGGUAGCUGUGUGUUAGCUACAUUACACUUGAAGCUCAAGUGCAAAACUACAGAAACAAACUUCUUGGUGCCAUUUUGAAUAAUGUGGAGAAUAACUUUUGGUUAAAUUGCUUGGAAACGAUUCGGAAACCGACUGAAGGGUCAGUAUUGUUGGGUCUGAGCAAUCAGAAUCGAACACUUGAGCACUUGAUUGUUAAAUAAGCCAGUAUACUUUGUGUGUUUAUUAUUAUUAUUAUUAUUAUUAUUAAUCUGCCUGGAAAACUUGUCACAUGACUUGAAUGUGAGCUGUUCAGUCUGUCUUUUUAAAGCAUAUUCAAAUUUUGUCCAUCAUACACUCCCAUUAACAUGCUGUCAGUGUUUUUACAUCGUUAAUCUAAAACACUCUAAAGCUAAAAAUAAAUCUGGACUGAUGUUAAAUCUUACAUGUACACUACCGUUCAAAAGUUUGGGGUCACUUUGAAAUGUCCUUAUUUUUGAAAGAAAAGCACUGUUCUUUUCAACGAAGAUCACUUUAAACUAAUCAGAAAUCCACUCUAUACAUUGCUAAUGUGGUAAAUGACUAUUCUAGCUGCAAAUGUCUGGUUUUUGGUGCAAUAUCUCCAUAGGUGUAUAGAGGCCCAUUUCCAGCAACUCUCACUCCAGUGUUCUAAUGGUACAAUGUGUUUGCUCAUUGCCUCAGAAGGCUAAUGGAUGAUUAGAAAACCCUUGUACAAUCAUGUUAGCACAGCUGAAAACAGUUGAGCUC